CAAGAAAAAGAAACCAAAGGACCAAAAAACGGAAAGUAAAAUGACCGAAUCAUCAUCGUCGCCGGCGUCGGCGUUGUCGUCGUGGUUAUCUUCAAUGCUGUCCGGCAAGUCGGACGGCGAGAUAGAGGACUUAUUGGACCGGAUGCUGACUCGGUUGGCUCUUUGCGAUGACUCGAAGCUUCAAGACUUGCUCUCCAAGCUACUUCCUCUUUCCAUUUCCUCCCUCUCUUCUUCAUCGCAGUCCGUCCGAAACAAAGUUCUUGAGAUUUUAAACCAUGUGAACAAGAGAGUAAAGCACCAGCCAGAGAUUGGUUUACCAUUAGUAGAGUUGUGGCAAUUGUAUUUGGAAUCUGGUAAUGCUCCAAUGGUUAGGAGCUUUUGUGUUGUUUAUGUUGAGAUGGCAAUUGAUCGAGCAAGGAAGGAGGAUAAAGAAAACUUAGUUCCUACUUUUCUUGCAACCAUUUCAAAGCUUCCUUCUCAGCAUCAAGAGAUAUUGUUGAGAAUCUCAGUAAAGGUGAUUGGUGAAUGCUAUUCAGCUCAAAUUGAUGAUCAAGUUGUGGCAAAAUAUAAAAGCCUUGGUGGCUCACAGGACAGAGAGAUAUUUCUUGAUUUUGGCCUUCAAACGCUUUUAUAUCAGCCUACUUCUCAAAGUGGUGGAUGCCCAGCAGGGCUUUCAGUUACUCAGAGGGACCGUGUUAGCGGUAAAAAGACCUUGACAAUUGAAAUGCUUCGUAGUAGAAAGUUAGGGAUCUUAAACAUUGUGGAGGCUAUGGAGCUGCCCCCUGAAUAUGUUUAUCCCCUCUAUUUAGUUGCCUGUGUUGACAGUCAGGAAUCUGUUGCUAGGAGAGGGGAUGAGCUUUUGAAGAAGCAUGCUAGUGCAGCAAAUUUAGAAGAUGCAAAACUGAUAGGCAGAUUACUUCUAUUGUUCAAUGGCAAUACUGGACCUGAAAGGAUUCCGCAAGAAUCCAAAGUCACUCCUGGGAGUCCCGCCUUAAGGGUGAAGCUAAUGUCCGUCUUCUGCCGAUCAGUAUUGGCAGCAAACAGUUUCCCGUUAACUUUACAGUGCAUCUUUGGCUGCAUAUAUGGAAGCGAUACCAUCGCCAGGUUGAAGCAGCUGGGGAUGGAAUUUACUGUUUGGGUCUUCAAACAUGCAAAGCCAGAUCAGUUAAAGCUUAUGGGCCCUGUCAUCCUUACUGGAAUUCUGAGCUCGCUUGAUAAUUAUUCAACAUCAGAUUCAGAUGCUAUUUUCAGGGAGAUGAAAACGUUUGCCUAUCAGGCAAUUGGGUUGCUUGCAGAACGGAUGCCACAACUUUUCAGAGAGAAAACGGAUAUGGCCAUUCGACUUUUUGAGGCACUGAAAAUGGAAGCUCAAUUUUUGCGUUUUGUCAUUCAAGAUGCCACUAAUUCACUUGCUUUGGCAUAUAAGGAUGCACCCUCCAAUGUGUUGAAGAGUUUGGAGUCGCUUCUUCUAAUAUAUUCUCAAUUGGAACAAAGUGAAGUUCGAUUUUGUGCUGUCAGAUGGGUGACAUCCUUGUUCGACAUGCAGCAUUGCCCUAGCCGAUUCAUUUGUAUGCUUGCUGCUGCUGAUCCUAAAUUGGACAUUAGGGAGAUGGCAUUAGAAGGUUUGUUUCCUGGAGAAGAUCAAAGAAAGACUCUUAGCACUGAAUUGAGUAUCCAAUACCCAAAACUAGUAGACAUGCUAGAUUAUAUUCUGGAACAGCAGCCAGCAUUGACGGAUUCAGCUGGUCUGGGGCAAAGCAAGCUAAUUUUCCAUUCAGCGACCUUUGUAGCUAUGAUCAAAUUUUUGUUGAAGUGCUUUGAAUCAGAUGUAAAGCAAAAGACCAUACUGGAAGAUUCAAAGUUUGUAUAUUCUGUGGAUAAACUAUGUUCACUUCUAGAGCAUGCCAUGGCAUACGAAGGCUCUAUUGAGCUGCAUGCUGAUGCCUCCAAGGCAUUGAUAACUGUUGCAACACAUGUUCCACAGGUAAUAUCAUCUCGCUAUGCGAAUAAAGUGUUGUGGCUAAAGCAAUUACUGGGUCAUCUGGACUUUGGUACACGUGAAUCAAUAGCGCAGUUACUUGGAGUUGCCUCCUCUGCGCUUCCUGUCUCUGCAUCCUCUGAUCUGAUUUCUGAACUGAUAUCCUCAGUUGGCGGGAUGCUGAAGCCAAGGUUUGAGAUGCAGCAUGGUGUGCUUUGUGCUUUAGGAUAUGUUACAGCAAAUUGCUUGUUGAAGGCACCUACUAUAUCAGAUUCCUUGCUUCAGAAUACGGUUAAAUGUCUGGUUGAUGUAGUUAAUUCAGAGAGUGCUUCUCUAGCUUCUGCUGCAAUGCAAGCUCUAGGACAUAUUGGACUAAGUGUUCCACUUCCUCUGCUGCCUCAUGAUUCUGGUUUAGCCAAUGUUUUAACGCUGUUGCAUGGAACAUUAAGCAAGCUUCUAUUUCGUGAAGAAAUUAAAGCAAUCCAGAGGAUUGUUAUUGCUUUGGGUCAUAUGUCUGUUAAAGAGACAUCCUCUUCGUUCCUGACUACAACCCUUGAUUUGAUUUUCAGUCUGUGCCGCUCUAAGGCUGAGGAUAUCUUGUUUGCUGCUGGUGAGGCGCUUGCAUUUUUAUGGGGUGGUGUUCCUGUGACUACUGACAUGAUUCUCAAAACAAACUAUUCUUCACUUUCUGCUACAUCAAACUUCCUGAUGGCUGAUGUUGUGUCAUCUUUGUCAACUUCUCAGAACAUACAUUCUGAAGUUGAUGAGAACUACCAUAGUGCAGUUAGAGAUGCAAUUACUAGGAAAUUAUUUGAUGGACUUUUGUAUAGCAACAAAAAGGAGGAGCUGUGUGCUGGAACUGUCUGGCUACUGUCGCUGACAAUGUACUGUGGCCACCAUCCAACAAUUCAGCAGUUGCUUCCUGACAUCCAGGAAGCUUUUUCACACCUUCUGGGAGAACAGAAUGAACUCACACAAGAACUUGCAUCUCAGGGCCUCAGUAUUGUAUAUGAACUUGGUGAUGCUUCGAUGAAGAAAAACUUGGUGAAUGCCCUAGUUGGCACACUAACUGGUUCAGGGAAGAGGAAAAGAGCUGUAAAGCUGUUAGAAGACACUGAAGUGUUUCAAGAUGGUGCAAUUGGCGAAAGUCCUACGGGAGGAAAAUUGAGCACUUACAAGGAACUUUGCAACCUUGCAAAUGAGAUGGGGCAACCUGACUUGAUUUACAAGUUCAUGGACUUGGCUAAUUAUCAGGCUUCACUAAAUUCCAAAAGAGGUGCUGCUUUUGGGUUCUCUAAGAUAGCCAAGCAUGCUGGAGAUGCCCUACAGCCAUACUUGCGUUCAUUGAUUCCAAGACUUGUUCGCUACCAGUAUGACCCUGAGAAAAAUGUUCAGGAUGCUAUGGCACAUAUCUGGAAGUCACUGGUGGUUGACUCCAAGAGGACAAUCGAUGAACACUUGGAUCUCAUUAUUGAUGAUCUUCUGAUGCAGUGCGGAUCAAGGCUCUGGCGCUCACGUGAAGCUUCUUGCCUUGCUAUUGCAGAUAUAAUUCAAGGACGUAAAUUUGACCAGGUUGAGAAGCAUUUGGGGAGAAUAUGGAAAGCUGCUUUUCGUGCCAUGGAUGACAUAAAGGAGACUGUCCGUAAUUCUGGUGACAAAUUAUGCCGUGCCGUCACUUCAUUGACUGUGAGGUUGUGUGAUGUCUCUCUUACACCCAUGUCAGAGGCAAGACAGGCAAUGAAUAUUGUACUACCUUUAUUGCUAACAGAAGGAAUAAUGAGUAAAGUUGACAGUAUUCGCAAAGCAUCCAUUGGAGUAGUCACAAAACUCGUGAAGGGUUCUGGUGUUGCAAUUCGUCCACAUUUACCUGACCUUGUUUGCUGCAUGCUGGAAAGUUUGUCCAGCCUCGAAGAUCAAGGGCUAAAUUAUGUUGAGCUGCAUGCAGCAAAUGUUGGAAUUCAGGCUGAUAAGCUUGAAAACUUGCGUAUUUCAAUAGCCAAAGGUUCUCCAAUGUGGGAAACUCUGGACUUCUGCAUAGAGGUUGUUGAUACACAAUCACUGGAAUUAUUGAUACCUCGCCUUGCUCAGCUGGUUCGUUCUGGUGUUGGCUUAAACACUAGGGUGGGGGUUGCCAAUUUUAUAAGCUUGUUAGUUCAAAAAGUUGGACUUGGUAUCAAACCAUUCACAAGCAUGUUACUGAAGCUUCUAUUUCCAGUUGUUAAGGAGGAGAAGAGCACAGCAUCUAAACGUGCCUUUGCAAAUGCUUGUGCAACAAUCUUAAAGUUUGCAGCUCCUUCUCAAGCAGAGAAGGUAAUUGAAGACACAGCAGCUCUGCAUGCUGGCGACAGGAAUGAUCAAAUUUCUGGGGCAAUUCUUUUAAAAAGCUAUUCUUCUUUGGCCAAUGAUGCAUUGAGUGGCUACAAAGUUGUAAUUGUACCAGUUAUUUUUGUUUCAAGAUUUGAGGAUGACAAGACUGUAUCUAAUCUAUAUGAGGAACUGUGGGAAGAAAACAUGGGCAGUGAACGAAUAAGUCUCCAAUUAUACUUGGGAGAAAUAGUUAAUCUAAUUAGUGAGGGGAUUAUGGCAUCCUCAUGGGCAAGUAAAAGAAAAGCAGCACAGGCAAUUACUAGGCUAAGCGAAGUGCUGGGUGAAUCAUUAUCUCCUCAUCAUCCUGUGUUGCUCACAUGUCUCUUGAAAGAAGUUCCUGGCCGUUUGUGGGAGGGAAAGGAUGUAAUAUUACAUGCUUUGUCUGCUCUCUGCACAUCAUGCCAUGCAGCAAUUUCUGCCACAGAUCCUGAUGCACCAAAUGCCAUUCUGAGCCUUAUUUUGUCAGCCUGCAUGAAGAAAAUCAAGAAAUAUCGUGAGGCAGCCUUUUCCUCUCUUGAGCAGAUUAUAAAAGCAUUCAGGAACCCAGACUUCUUCAACAUUGUGUUUCCAUCACUAUUUGAGAUGUGUAACAUGGAUACCAGUAGCAAGACAGAACAGAUUCCUUCCACAACUGGGACCAAAACAGAAGAGGCUGAGCUGGAAAAAUUUUCUGCUGUACAUGGUAAUAUAGUGAAUUGUAUAACAUCACUCAUUCAUGUGGCACGGGUCACUGAUAUUGUUGAACAGAAGACAAAGUUGAUAGAUGUGUUUUCAAUCUCUCUCACACCUAAAUUCCCAUGGACCGUUAAAAUGUCAGUGUUUUCAUCAUUAAAAGAGCUUUCCACGAGGCUUGGUGACAUUCCAUUCAACUCUGAAGAUCCUUCUUUACCUGCCAGCUCAACUGCUUUCUUUCAUGAGUUAUUCCAUAAGGUGUCUCCAGGGGUGGUUGAAUGUAUAAGGACAAUCAAGAUUGGCCAGGUUCAUGUAGCAGCAUCUGAGUGCCUCCUGGAUUUGUUAACAAUGUACCGAGAUACUCAUCCAGUGCAUCCACCAGAAGUAGGGUUUAAGGAUGAGCUUCUUCAUCUGUCCGAAAUAGAAAAGAGUGAAGAGGCGAAGUUUUCAUUGAGGAAAUGUGUUGACAUCCUCGAAACUCUUGAAAGAGACAGCAAUACUCUUUCCUGAAUGUAGCUAGUUACAAGCUAGGCGCUGGCAAAAGGAAAGCAUCAGAAAGUAGAGGACCAUGAUGGUUACAGAAGUUAAAUUUGAAUAUUGAGUCUAUAAGAUGGUCAAUAUGAAAUUAUUCAUUCAUACUUCUUACGAAUCUAUUUCCCAAAUAUGGAAAAUUGUGUGAAAUUUUUGUAUUAUUUCCUUAA